AUGAAGUUAAAGGAGUCAGGUGUAAAGAACGCAGAAGCGAAGUACGAAGUGGUCGCAGAUCGAUGGGAGUGCUGUACGGGGUGGUGCGGGGCGGUGCGGGGUGGUGCGGGCGGUGCGGGGUGGCGGGGUGGCGCCGCCCCCGCAGUAUCGACCGCCACCGCCGCGCACCCAGUAGUAGGCGGCCGCCGGCGGCGCCGAGCAGGUGCGCCUGCAGCCUGCAGCGGGCGGUGCACGGGGUGGGAAGGGGCCCGCGCCAGCCCGCUCUCGAACGUCGUAUCUCGUUGGAUCGCACCCUCGCCCGAGCUGCUCCCGUGCGCCCGCAGCGUACCACCAAACGCGACCCCACCGCAUGCGACACCAUCACCCCUAUGCUACUCACCUUAUCUAUAA